AUCCGCUCCCGCCCGUGGUCUCGGUAAGGGCAGCGUGGAGAGGCUUCCCCUGCUUAAUCUGGGGCGCACUCUCAGCAGCCUCCCCAGCAGCCGCCAAGCAAAGAAGAGGGCCCCGAAGGCCUCUGGCCCCGCACAGCAGGGAGAGGGGGAGGUAGCAUAUGCGACCAGAGAUAGCCACCGGGACCCAGCCUUCAGCAGCGAGUCACUGCAACCGGAUGCUUGCACCUGGGCGCACCCCUCGAGUCGACCGUUUGUAUUUAAACAGUGGGUCGAAGCCCGCCACGCGUCGCGGGAAGACCUUACAAGCUGCCGGCUCCUCGGUGCUUCACGAUUCCUCGCUGCAGAUUCCGCACCACGUUUGUCCAGACCACUGUGGAGACUGACUCUGCGGAGAGGUUUUUCAACGGCCUGUCCGAUCCCAAGUUGCAGAAUAAAAGUUUGUCUAGUGUUGAUGUUUAGAGUGGCUCGGGGUGCUAUGUGAGAAACAGGGAAUCUAUAGCGAAUCGUAAACACAGGAAAUAAAAAUGCUUCUUCUCUAAGGCUUAGAACCCUAACGUCACUUCCGGCAACAAUAGGAAACGUCAAAAGUCGGACAGUCGGCGGCUCUGGCUGCCGCAGCUUGACGUGCGCUCAGUUCAGAGGGAUCCUGUGCUGCUUCUGGUAUUCUCACUGCUGAUACCUCCACCGGCGUGAACAAGUAAAAGUUUGAACCGGCUUCUCCAUGGCCUGGGCACCAGUUCCUGGCUGAGCCUUUUUUUUUUUUUUUACUAAAAGCCCCCGCCCAGAGGCCGAUUCGUCGCGGCGGCGGUGGGGAUCGCAGGUCGCUCAGGCUUGCAGAUGGGUCAGGGGCUGUGGAGAGUGGCCAGAAACCAGCAGCUACAGCAAGAAGGUUAUAGUGAACAAGGCUACCUCAGCAGAGAGCAGAGCAGGAGGAUGGCUGCCAACAACAUUUCUAACACCAGUCAUCGUAAACAGGUCCAAGGAGGCAUUGAUAUAUAUCAUCUUUUGAAGGCACGGAAAUCUAAAGAACAAGAAGGAUUCAUUAAUUUGGAAAUGUUGCCCCCUGAGCUAAGCUUUACCAUCUUGUCCUACCUGAAUGCAACUGACCUCUGCUUAGCUUCAUGUGUUUGGCAGGACCUUGCGAAUGAUGAACUUCUCUGGCAAGGGUUAUGUAAAUCCACUUGGGGUCACUGUUCCAUAUAUAAUAAGAACCCACCUCUAGGAUUUUCUUUCAGAAAAUUGUAUAUGCAGCUGGAUGAAGGCAGCCUCACCUUUAAUGCUAACCCAGAGGAGGGAGUGAACUACUUUAUGUCCAAGGGUAUCCUAGAUGAUUCACCAAAGGAAAUAGCAAAGUUUAUCUUCUGUACAAGAACACUAAAUUGGAAAAAACUGAGAAUCUAUCUUGAUGAAAGGAGGGAUGUCUUGGAUGACCUUGUAACGUUGCAUAAUUUUAGAAAUCAAUUUUUGCCCAAUGCACUGAGAGAAUUUUUUCGUCAUAUCCAUGCCCCUGAAGAGCGUGGGGAGUAUCUUGAAACUCUCAUAACAAAGUUCUCACAUAGAUUCUGUGCUUGUAACCCCGAUUUAAUGCGAGAACUUGGCCUUAGUCCUGAUGCUGUCUAUGUCCUGUGCUACUCUUUGAUUCUACUUUCCAUUGACCUCACUAGCCCUCAUGUGAAGAAUAAAAUGUCAAAAAGAGAAUUUAUUCGAAAUACCCGUCGUGCUGCUCAAAACAUUAGUGAAGAUUUUGUAGGGCACCUUUAUGACAACAUCUACCUUAUUGGCCAUGUGGCUGCAUAAAAGCACAAUUGCUAGGACUUCCAACUAUUAACUUCAAACUAAAGUUACCCAAGGACUUACUUAGCAGAUAUGGGGGUUACAUUAGUGCUGGUCAUUCUAGCCUCUGUAUACAAUCAAGCUCGAGUGUAUACCAUUUUUUUCUUUUACUAUUUUCUUUUUUAGUGAUUUCCUUGGGGAACUAAAUAAUUUUGCAGAACUUUUCUUAAUUUUGCUUAUCAUGUUUUGCACAAAGCAGAGCCAUUGUCUGACACAGCUGUUUAAGAAUGUUAAACUGACAUUAUACUCUAAAGAUGGUAUAUUUGUGCAUUAGAUUUGCUUGAAAAACUACUCAUUUUCAUUCUUUUUUAAAAUACCAUUUAAUGUGUACAUAUUUAACUAAAGAGAUUUAUAAUCAUAAUUAUUUUAUUGUAAAGAUUUUAACUAAA